AUGAGCGACGACGACGCCGGGUGGGACGACGACGACUACGAGGUCCCCGACCUGACGCGCGUCGGAAUCAGAGCAGCCGCGACCGAGGACAAGUUCGCGGACGAGGACGCGGAGACGGCGGAGGAGGUCGCGGCGCGCGAGGCGAAGGCGAGGGCGGACGCCCAGGCGCGCGCGGCGCAGAGCGCGCGGACGAAGGCGAAGGCGGCGGUGAAGACGCGCGUGGCGUACGACGACGACGCGCUGGACGAUCCGGUGGCGGAGAAGGCGCGACGACAGCGGUUGGUGGAGGAGGCGGAUUUGAGGGCGGCGCGCGAGCUCUUCGGCGACGCGGAGGUGAAGUUGGACGAGUUCGAACCGAAGAGUAAGGGGGAGUUUGAGAAGUUUGGGAGCGCGAUCGCGUAUAAAUACUUGACGUCGAGGAGUGAGAGUGGGUUUUACACCGCGGGGUUGAAGGCGCUGUUGAGAGUGGCGAUGCGGGACUUGACGGCGGCGGAGGCGAAGGACGUGGAGACGCAGGUGGUGGCGACGCGCACGGAAAAGGUGAAGAAGGAGAAGUCCGACGCCGAGGCGGCGAAAAAACUCGCGAGUGGGUCGAAGAAGGGUAAGGGCAAAUUCUUGAACGCCGGGUCCAAGGGCGGGGACUCGGGCUUGGACGAUUACAAGUACGACGUCGCGAGUCCGGACGACGAUUACGAUUUCAUGUGA